AUGGUCGACCCGGACGACACAGACUUGGAGCGUUCGUGGAGCUCGACGUGGCGGGCCAUUGGGUCGGAGUUUUCGCGCGCGGUCUUGACUUUCCAACUUUCUGGCGGUCUCCAUCCCGCGCGCUCGGUGGACGGCUGCGGAAGCAUGCUUAUUGCGGAGCCCAUCCGGGACAUCUCUGAGUUGGACGCACGUGUGAUGUUUGUCAUCUGCUCGUUAUCUGUAUCAAGGUCGAGUCCGAAUGGAGAAUGCUUGUACUGGCUCUCCAAGCUGGUGAGCUGCAAUGUUUGCGGCAGAGGAAUGGACGGCUGGCGCUGGGUGCGAGGAAUUGGGCCUUUGAAGCGGGAAGCUAGCGAAACCGACUCCUUGGACUCGGACCUUUUCUCAGGUAUGCUCGACGAGGCGCUUUCCCUGGACGACGGGUCUGACUUCCGAGAAAAUCGGCUUGAGGUGCUGCCGUGGUGUUUAGCCUUUGCAGGCUCCGACUCGCGUCUGGACGGCAGGAAUCUGUGGAGCAAUGAGGAGCCUCUUUUGGACUUUUUGGGCUUGAUGGGCGCGGCCAGCGGCGGAACAGGCUUGUCACUGACGUUUCGUCGAGCAUGGAAGCCCGAGUACGUUGACGGAACACCAAAGCUCAGCAAGGAGUGCCUAUCGGAAGAGUCUUGA